AUGCCGCAAUAUUACCCAGAUUUGCUUGACGCUGGUUCUUUCCGUCUGGCAACCAUCUCGAUCGAUAUUCAUCCUUACACAAAAGUACAAGUACCAAGUGUAACACUCACAACAUAUGGACUAUCCAGUGGCACAGAGAUAACCUACAAUGCAUUGUCCUACACUUGGGGCUCGCCUCGCCCCUAUGAUACAGAGGCCGAUGCAGGCACAUCUAUCCUGUUGAACGGGCAGACGUUCGAAGUUCAGCCGAAUCUAUACGACGCACUCAUCGAACUCCAGGCCUCAUGCCCCCAAACCCCCAUCUGGAUCGACGCCUUGUGCAUCAACCAGUCUGAUCCCGUUGAGCGAUGUUCCCAGGUUUCGGUAAUGAAUCAGAUCUACGGAAAGGCUGACCGCGUCAUCGUCUGGCUUGGUAAGUCAUUUCCAGAAUUGGAAGCUGGAAUAAAUGCGGCUGAGAGGAUCGGAACCGAAUCUGUUCCUCACACACUUCAAAUGAUUCAAAAUCAAUACUGGGCCUUUAACUCUGAUCUUUCUAUCAUGCCUGAUAAAUAUGGAAUGGAGCCUAUCGACGAGAAAGAAGCGCUUGGACUACUCACCCUGUUUAUGAGUAAUUGGUUUGCCCGAGUUUGGGUGAUACAGGAAGUCUCUCUUACCAACGACGUUGUUAUUUUGUGCAACGGAAAAUUCACUGGUUUCGAUUGCGUGGGUUACACAGCAGCAUUUCUUCACUACAGCGGGUUUUUCCAGCCUUGUCUCGACCUAGUCCCCAAGGACGGACCGGGUAUCCAUCUUCGUGGCGAUCUCUACAUUUUCCACGCCGAGAGGAUCCAACUGCUCCGAGAAUGGUGCAAGGGACACAAGAGUCAGUGGACACGUACUUUAGAGACGAUCGACUUUGAGGCUGGGCUUGGUGUUAAGUAUGAAAAGUCGGCCGAGAUGGUCUUGCUACGGUUCCUCUUCACCUUGUUCGGCCUACAAGCUUCUGACCCUCGGGAUGUUGUCUACGGUUUGGUAGGUAUAAUGAAGCACAUGGCUGCCGAGGAUGGCCUUGUACUACCAUCGGAAUUUGAGCCGAAUUAUGACAUCGAUAUCAAAGAUCUUUUGAGGAAUGUCGCACACAAGAUUAUUGAGGCAACCGAUUCCUUGGUCUACAUUACUCUUGUCAAAGGUCCUGACGUGCGAGAGACUCCCUGUCUUCCAUCAUGGGUCCCGGACUUCCCAGCAAUCAUGACCAAUACUCUCUCUGGCGCUCAGUUUCGAUCAGUAGGCAUCAUCAACUCUUCCAAGCAUGUGCCACAUGCUCCGAACCCACGCCCAUUCACUAUCGAAGGAAACAUCCUCAAUGUGUUUGGAUUCUGUCUUGGGAAAAUCAAGAAAAUAGGGGAGACCUACAUCGAGACAAUGCAAGGCCGGCGCGGCAUGUCGGGUGACAUUCUUCUCAGCAUGGACGAGGUUUAUCCAUAUACUGGCCAGCCGGCAGAUGAAGCCUUUUGGCGCACCUUGAUUCACGAUACCGACUUCUCGAAUCGACCGGCUACACUUGUCCGACUUGGGGAUUUCCAGCGAGCCAUCUUGGAGGAAAUAGUUCACCCGUUGCGGGUUUUCCACAUGGAGGCUGAUACACCAUCUACUGGCGAAGCUCUUGUGCUCGAGUCUCUGCGAGAAAUGUCUUACUUGGAUGACAUAGUUGCGAGAUACCCUUCGAGUAUUUUCCCCAGCCUCAACCUCGUAAAGUCAUGUCUGGAUUUUCUACCACAAGAGCAUGUGGAGCUUAAUGAUGAAGAGAUCCAAAUGUUGAAGGAACCAUUGUCAAGAAAUUCUAUGCCGCCAGGAAGCAUCAUGGCGACGACUUAUAUCAACAACAGACCCAUACUUACUGAUACGGGAUACUUGGGGAUGGGAUUGGAGUCUUGUGAAAUUGGAGAUGAGGUGUGGAUAGUUGCCGGAUCUCCCGCUCCGCUGGUCAUGCGAACGACUGACAAAGAAAAUGAGUAUUUUGUGGUCGGUGAGAGUUAUAUUCAUGGGGUUAUGCAGGGAGAAGCAGUAACUGAGAGUGUGGCGUGGGAGAAGAUCCAGAUGGUGUAA